CACCCAUCAAGAUUCUCAGAUGCUAUCCUCAUAUCCCUUGAAAUAAAAACUCAGCUUCUCUUCUCUUCUCUUUAUCACACACAAUUUCACACACACAUACAUUAUCACAUUCUUAACUUGUAAAGUAACUAGGAGCUGCUGCCAUGGCUCAAACAAUGCUGCUCAUGUCUUCUAGCACUUGUGUUUCUGGCCAUGCAGCUGACAAUUUGAAGUCCCCUGCUCUUCCUCUGCUUCAGAGGCUCAAGCCUAAGCCUUUUUCCCACUCUUUGUUGCCUCAUCUUGCUAACAUUUCCAAAUCUUCGUCGACAUUCACAACUUAUGCUCUCUUCAAGUCCAAAGCCAAAGCUCCAGCCAAGAAGGUGGUAGCUCCAAAGCCAAAGGUUGAGGAUGGUAUAUUUGGAACCUCAGGAGGCAUUGGUUUUACAAAGCAAAAUGAGCUCUUUGUUGGUCGUGUGGCUAUGAUUGGCUUUGCUGCAUCUUUAUUGGGAGAAGCUGUUACAGGGAAAGGAAUAUUAGCACAGUUGAACUUGGAAACUGGUAUUCCAAUUUAUGAAGCUGAGCCCCUUCUUCUGUUCUUCAUUCUUUUCACAUUGCUCGGAGCAAUUGGAGCUCUUGGUGACCGUGGUAGGUUCGUUGAUGACCCUCCCACCGGCCUUGAGAAGGCCGUCAUCAAGCCUGGCAAGGGAUUCAGAGGAGCUCUGGGUCUCAGCGAAGGAGGUCCACUUUUUGGAUUCACAAAGUCGAAUGAGCUGUUUGUCGGAAGGCUAGCACAGCUGGGAAUUGCAUUCUCCUUGAUCGGAGAGAUCAUAACCGGAAAGGGUGCAUUGGCACAGCUAAACAUUGAGACCGGAAUCCCAAUCAGUGACAUUGAACCUCUUGUGUUGCUCAAUGUUGUCUUCUUCUUUGUCGCUGCAUUGAAUCCUGGAACCGGAAAGUUUAUUACAGAUGAGGAAGAAGACUAGUGUGGGUGUCAGCAUGUGUGUGAAUGCUUUUUUCUUGUACUGGCUCCAACAAAAAAUAAAAAGAACCGAAUCUGAAUUGUUAAGGAUGUAGCUUGUAGUUAUUUUGUUAAUGCAAGUAGAUUGAGUUUCUGAACUUGCACAUAGUAAGUUAUGUUUUAUAUAAUCUGGUCUGUUUACUGUUGUACAAGUACAAGUUCUUGCGGAAAUUUAAUCUACUUGAAAGGAGAUUUAAUUUUA